AAUCAAUGACGACUUUUUCACACGGACAGACGCUUUGUUCCGUUCUUUGUGCGUGUGUGCACGCGCCCGUUCCUACCCUAUUCAUGUUCCCGUGCGCGGGGGGCACCGCAGACGGAAGCUGGCUUGCAGCUAGCUAGCGACCAAUAUGAAAUGCUCAUAUUUACCCUUAGCGAUUACACACCCUUUUAGUCAAAUAAAUGUAAACGUAAAACGGUGACAUUGAUGGGCAUUUUGUUAAACUGAAGCGGAUAUUCACACCCUUAUAGCGAGCCACAAAACCCUUUAUUUCGACUGCAUCGGCCACAGAAGCUUUUCAACAACAGAACAUCCUAGCAGCGCUUUUCAGAUGAGAAGAUGGAGUCUUUUUUUGGGAGAAACUAAUAUACCUCACAAGUGUGAAGAAGUUGGAUUUUCAUCACGUUAUGCACAAACAUCAGCGUCCUCCCCUUUAUAAGCACUGUUCCUCCAGCAAUCACCUUGAGGGAGUUCUUCAGUGUCUUUGGCAGUCAUGGACUGGGCCACUCCUGCUGUCAAACUAAAUCCAUACACACGAACCCGCAUGACAGAGGCCUGGCAGCAGCAUGGUGUUUCUCAGCCUCAGGUCCACACCGUGCCUCCCGGAGCUGAAAAUUCCCUUGGCUGUACUGUGUAUGGAAUCGUCGUGCAACAAGAGUCCACAUCAAUACAGCAACAGCAGCAGACCCAACAUGGACAACACAACCAGCAACACAGUGGGAAUCAGCAGCAUGGAAGUGGGCAACAUAGUCAGCAGCACUCUGCUCAGGCCCAGCAGACCAGCUUGCAGGUAGGGACUGAUGGAGGGCACAAGUGCGGGGCAUGUGGACAUGAUAUCUCCCACCUGGCCAACCCCCAUGAGCACCAGUGCAUGGUAAGUCAGGACAGAUCUUUCCAGUGCACCCAGUGCAUGAAGAUUUUCCACCAGGCUACAGACUUACUAGAGCACCAGUGUGUUCAAGUGGAACAGAAGCCCUUUGUGUGUGGCUUGUGUAAGAUGGGCUUUUCCUUGCUCACAUCUCUGGCCCAUCACCACUCAUCACACAACAGCAGCAAUCCAAUGAAGUGUUCAAUAUGUGAGAAGACGUACCGGCCCGGAUCUUCUGGAAGCAUGACCUCCAACUCCUCAGCGACCAAUGCCCAGCAACGCAGCAGUCUGAGGGCAUCAGCCAGCAGCAGCUCGUCCAUUCUCCCCUUCCCGUCAGCCCGCGACCGCCCAUACAAAUGCUCUGUUUGCCAGAAGGGUUUCAAACACUUAUCAGAACUCACCCGUCAUGAUAGGGUGCAUACAGGCGAGAAACCCUUUAAAUGUGACACGUGUGACAAGGCUUUCAGCCAAUCCUCACACCUUCAGCACCACCAGCGGACACACAGCAACGAACGCCCUUUCAAGUGUGCUGUUUGUGAGAAAAGCUUCAAACACCGUUCCCAUCUGGUGCGCCACAUGUAUGUGCAUUCCGGAGAGCACUUAUUCAAAUGCAACUUAUGUGAGUUGCAUUUUAAAGAGUCGUCCGAGCUCCUUCACCAUCCCUGCCACCCGCAAGGCUCUCGCCCCUUCCGCUGUGCCACCUGCGGAAAGGGAUUCAAACGACCGUCAGACCUUCGCCAACAUGAGCGGACGCACUCUGAGGAGCGUCCCUUCCACUGUGAUGAGUGUCAGAUGAGCUUCAGACAGCAGUAUGCUCUGGUGCGCCACCGCCGCACUCACAAAGAUCCAAACGACCGGCCGUUCAAAUGCAAUCUGUGCGACAUGGGCUUCAUGCAGCCUUCGCACCUCCUCUACCACCAGCAUGUGCAUGGCAUGGACAACCUGUUCAAGUGUGCCUCAUGCCAGAAGGAGUUCAGCCAAUCAGGAGAGCUGCUUAGGCACAAGUGCGGAGAGUCGCCCAACACGGUGCCUGACAAGCCAUAUAAGUGUGACGUCUGUGGCAAGGGCUACAAGAAGAGUUCCACGUUGCAACGGCAUCAAAACUCUCACUGCCAAGACAAGCCCCUUAAGUGCUCCCUCUGUGACCGCCGCUUUCUCUCUUCCUCUGAAUUUGUGCAACAUCGCUGCGACCCAUCCCGGGAAAAGUCACUCAAGUGUCCGGACUGUGAGAAGCGCUUCAAAUACUCCUCAGACCUCAAUAGACACGUACGUGUGCACACUGGGGAGAAACCGUACAAGUGCGAACAUUGCAACAAGUUCUUCAAACAACGGGAACAUAUGACCAAGCACCAGAGCACACAUUCGAGAGAGGGACAGUUUAAGUGUGUUUGGUGUGGUGAGCGUUUCAGUGACUUGGGCUCUUUGCAGGAUCACACAGUACAGCACACAGCUGAUGGAGGGGACUACCCUGUGUCUCAGUGCAUGUAACACAAUCCUUUCGUGGAAUCUAUUAACUUGGAUGUUCUCUGCAAGCACGGUUCUACUAAGCAGUACAGUUUUGGUUUAGUGAGGUAUACUGUUUCUUUGCGUUUUACCAAAACUUGUGAAGUAUACCAGAAUUGGCAUUUUAUCAUUUUAUCAUGGACAUCCUACUGAAGCACCAACUUCUUUGGUUAUGGUACCAAAAAGGUGGAGCUAGACACACAUGGGAAAAGCACAAAACUCUUCAUUUCCCAAGGUGUUCAGGUGUGUUCGGAUCUGAUAAACCCUCAUCACGUUGGCAUUUGGACAACCCAGUGUGUAUCCGGGAUAGUAAAUAUGUUAAUAUCAUACCAUAACCUCCAGACAGGGCUAUUCACCGAUUAAUUGAACAAAGAAAAUUACCGUAUCCUAAGUGGAAGAAAAUGGAUGGAUGGUUUUCUUCCAGUUUAAUUCAUUAUAUUGUAAGACAAGAAUGCACCAAAUUUUAUUUGACCGUUCAACAGUCUCACUACUCCUUUCAUAAGCAAUAACCAUGCCACCAUCACCACAAAGUGUUUUUGUACUAAACUAAAUCUUGAACUAUCUGAAGAUUGCAUUCCAUAAUACUCUUCCCACCCUUAACAUUUACUUUUAGAAGGCCGAUUGUCACCCUAGUGCAAAAAAGAACUUGCUCCAUCUACUUAACUAACAAGUGUUUUACAAAAAUAUGGCAUUUGCCCGUUAGAGAUAAAGAUCAUUAUUUGCAGAUUACCUUCAUUUUUGUUUUGGUGAGAAUAAUUUCAAAAGAAAAUAUAAAGAUAUAUUAACCAACAUCAAGCAUACUUGCAGUCAAAGCCUGCCUGUAGUUUGGACCCCAUAGAUGUCACCAAAUUGGGAUUGUCU